AUGGUGACGACGUACUCGGAGUACUCUGUCGAUGCAGAGAUCGAGGCAUUCUUCAGGAAAACAUCGGCAACCCGCGCCGCAUGCGAUGCCAGAGCAAGGGAGCUUGCCGGCGAAAACGUCGCCCCUUUCCGCCUCGAGUCCCUGGCACUCAAGACUGAAGUCACUUCCCUAGCGACCGAGGUUUACGGAUCACUUGCACCGGAGGUAUCCUUCGAGGGCAAGGUAGGGGACGGGGGGAAGGAGCCGCUCUACGUCUACCUGAUGAGCCGCACCUUCCUGGCUCUGUCUUGGAAUGCUCCUCAGCCAGUCAGCCCAGAGUACCGCGGCAGGUUGGGACAAACCUAUCUCAGGGACCUACGACUCUUGCAUGCUGCACUUUCGUCCCGAUUUCAGCCCAUUGUCCAGGCCUGCACCGACUCGAUGGACGACAUCCUGUCUCUCCCCAUGGUUCUUCUCCAUCGAGACUUUGGCUCUUGUAACAUCAUGGUCGACGAAGCGACCUGUCAUCUCGUUGGUUUCAUUGACUGGGCAGAAGCUCAAGUGUGUCCAUUCGGGCUUAACCUGCAUUCCCUCCAAUCCCUAACCGGGAAGCCUCAUCUGCGCAACGGCCGGACGAGAUUUGGAGACUACGACACUCUACAGGACCUCCGGACGAUCAAGCUGGCAAGGGCCUUGGGUCUGUUGCUGUCGCGUGGCUUUACUAGCCGUCUUGCGAAUAAGCCAGAGCCAGAGCCUAUUGGCGAUGAUGAGCAGGGACGCUACAACAUGAUGUCGUUAGACGGUUUCCUCAUCAAUCCGCAGACAAAGUUCGAUGGCGUCGAGCAACUGCAACGCCAGGCGCGAGGGUAG